GGCAGCCAGAGGAGGAGGUCUGGGGCUACUUCAACCAAACUUUCCUGAGUCCUUCCUGAUCUGCCUGCCUCCCCUCUGCUCCCCCUCUCUUUCCCCCUUUCUGUCUCCCGGUCCCCCCUCCCCCCCCAACUCAGAUGAUAUUCACAUGGUAUUUUGCACAGAGGAGGCUGCUCAAGAGGAGGGCACCCACCCCCACCCCAAUAUAAGCCUGUUUUCCCCUCCUUCCUCCUCUCCCCCCCUUUUUUUGUUGGAAAGACAAAAUGUGCAGGGUGAUAGCUUGGGUGAAUUGAUGGCAUCCUUCCUCCUGCCAAGCCAACCCGUUUUCUAAAAACCCCUUUAGGAAGGCUAGAGAAUUUUAUUCUGUUGGAGAAUAUAACCCUGAUGGUUGCUUGCACAGAGGGGAAAAGCAGAGAGGAAUACGGGAAUCGUCCUGUGCAAUCUCUAUUGUUUGAAACUUACUUUAUAUCAGAAAUUGAAGAUGAAAACGGAAAAGAAAUGGAGCAAAUUCAGUAACUAUCCAAUCUAACAUCUGUCUCAUAUCUUAAGGAAUCUUACAAAUACUUGCUUUGAAUUGAGAAAAUGACUACAGUUAUAGAAGAAAGUACCUGUCCAGAAAGUGGAACAUCUUAUAGUUAAUUUGAAAGUAGUACAAAAUAAAUAUACCUGUUAUGGUGCGAUUCUGGAGUGAAGUUAACCCUAUAGCACACAGGUAGCUCUCCUAGGAGAAAGAAAAAAAAACUUUCUGUUUCUUCUAAAUUAUGGAAAUUUUUUGGAAGACGUGGACAUGGAUUUUGAGCCUAGUCAUGGUUUCAUCGGAAUUUCACAGUAACAACAGGCUUUCAUACAGUUCUCAAGAGGAAUUCCUGUCUUACCUUGAACACUACCAACUAACAAUCCCAAUAAGGGUUGAUCAAAAUGGAGCCUUCCUCAGCUUUACUGUGAAAAAUCCUAAACCCUCAAGAAGGAGGAGGAGCACAGACCCUUAUGACCAAGAACUGGCAGCAUCUAAAUUAUUUUUUAAACUUUCUGCCUAUGGCAAGCACUUUCAUUUAAACCUGACUCUCAACACAGAUUUGGUGUCCAGACAUUUUACAGUAGAGUACUGGGGGAAAGAUGGACCACAAUGGAAGCAUGAUUUCUUAGACCACUGUCAUUACACAGGAUAUUUGCAAGACCGACACAGUACAACUAAAGUGGCCUUAAGCAACUGCAAUGGUCUGCAUGGAGUCAUUGCUACAGAAGACGAAGAGUAUUUUAUUGAGCCUUUAAGAAAUAUAACAGAAGAUUCUAGUAAUUAUAGUUACGAGAAUGGUCAUCCUCAUGUUAUAUACAAAAAAUCUACCAUGCACCAGCAACACCUCUAUGAUCACAGUCACUGUGGAGUCUCAGAAGACCUCACAAGAAGCGGCAAGCCUUGGUGGAUGAAUGAUGCAUCUGCUCUUCCAGCUUCACUUCCAGUCAAUGACACACUAAGUAGUCAUAGUCGUCAGAAGAGAUCUGUAAGCCUUGAACGGUUUGUGGAAACGCUGGUAGUAGCAGACAAAAUGAUGGUGGGAUACCAUGGUCGCAAAGACAUUGAACACUACAUUUUGAGUGUAAUGAAUAUUGUUGCCAAACUUUAUCGUGAUUCCAGUCUAGGAAACGUUGUGAAUAUUAUAGUGACACGUUUGAUUGUCCUCACUGAAGAUCAGCCAAACUUGGAGAUAAACCACCAUGCAGACAAGUCCCUCGAUAGCUUCUGUAAGUGGCAGAAAUCCAUUCUCUCCCACCAAAGUGAUGGAAACACCAUUCCAGAAAAUGGGAUUGCCCACCAUGAUAAUGCGGUUCUUAUUACUAGGUAUGGUCAAGUAUUGUGUUUAUUUUAUUUCUUGUAGCUUUCUUGUUCUUAGCAUAUAUAUGUCUAGAAGCUAGUUGCAAAUAAAUAAAUUUGGUAGGUAACCUUAAAAGGAGGAAAAUUAAUAGACAGCUUGUCUUAAAUAUAUCAUAUUAUUAAAGUUUGGAUUAAGAUUUUGGAAAAGUAAGCUCUGAAAAUCACUUGCUUCUGCUGUUAUUUUCACUUUGUAAUUGCCAAUACAAAGUAUAGUAGUAGAAAAGAUGGAUCCUAUUGAACAUUUUAUACUUUAAUAAUUGGAAAGAAUUCAUAAGAUCACAGAGAACAAGACAGAAUGAAAAAUGUUUUGUUAACCAUGUAAAGUGUUUUUGUAAGAAUUUCAAGCCAGAACUUCAAAUAGUAUAACAGCAUUUCUCUGAAAACAGGUUCUUUCAGAUUCCAGCCAUAUGAGACUCUGCUUUGUAGCUGGUUUGAUUUAUUAUGCUUAAUUAAGAUGAGAACUGACAGUUUUAACAGGUAGUUUCAAAGCCUGCAUAUGUGCCCAUUUGUUUGCUUCUAUUUCAAUUUUACUGUGAUAAAUUCAACAUAACCUGCACUGUAAACUUGUGAUCGUGAUAAAGGCAUUCAUAUCUGUCCCUUUGCAAUCUGGGGUAGGCAACUGUACUUUAAUAAGAAAUAAGUCUCACUAUUGUUUAAGGACACCAUUUAUUCUUUUUUGUUUUGUUUAAGUAGCAACAGGUGCAGCAGCUCUAAUUUGGAUUAGGAUUUGUUAAUAAUGAUUUCUGCUUUCCAGGGCAAAUUCUGUAUUGCUCUAUAUGUAACUUAUUUUGGAAUCAUUGCAUUCACUGCAGAAAAAUCGAAAUAUUGAUUAAAAUAAUGCACCUUUAAUAUAAUUUUGCAUAAAAUUUGUGUAAGUUUCUCUGUUUUCCUGAGGGAGGUGGUGUUUUUUCUUGGUUUUGUUUUUCAUAAUGAACAGAUAUUUUUAUUUAUGAGUGGAAAAAGAAGCUAGUGGAUCAUUUGCAUGUAUUUUGUAUUCAUAUUUCAGAAAUAAUUGUUAUGUAUGAUCUUAAAUACUGCAUAGUAAAAAUUUGAGUGACUAUGCAAGAAUGCUAGAGUGACUCAGAAAGCUUUUAGAUUUCAAGAAAUGUAAAAAAAGCGAUUAAACUCUAAUACAAAUAAAUUGAACGAAAUGAAAA